AUGAAACUUUUAAAAAUUUAUUCUAAAGAAGAAGAAGAAGAACACUAUCGAAUUAUUGUACGUGCAGGUCUUAAGUCGGGUAUAAUAGCAUUAGGUAUUUCAGUUGUAGGUGCUUAUAUUUUAAAUAAGAAAUGGAACAAAUUCAGACAAUUAACUCUUCCAAUAAAGUCAUUUUUUGUCUCUAGCAUAGCAACAACAGCACUCGUAAUUUCUACUGAUAAUGCAUCAAAGAAAUAUCAAGAUAGUAAAUAUGGCUCUCUUGAUCCUAUUAAACCAGCUGAAAAAAUUAAUUGGCAAAGUGCUCUUUUGAUUUGGUGUUCAGAAAAUAAAUGGAAAAUUAUAGCAGGAUCAUGGGCAUUAAGCAUGAUAGGAUCUUUUUCAUUUUUAUGGAGAGACAAGUAUCUCACCAAAGCUCAGAAAUUAGUUCAAGCUCGAAUGUAUGCUCAAGGAAUUACACUGUUAGUUCUUUUAGUAUCUGCAGGAUUGUCAAUAGAUCGAAGUCAAUUUUUUGAUUUUAAUAAAAAUAAUACUAACAAUAACAAUAAAGAAAUUAAUGAUGUUCAUACUAGUAAAACAGAGUAA